CCGGGCGCGAUGGGGCGGUGCGGGAGCCGCCGAUGGGGCCAGCACCGGGAGCUGCGGGCCCGAGGGGGAUGAGGGGUCCUCCGGGGCCCGAGCCCGUCCGCCAUGGCCGCAGGGGGAUGGAGCUUGCUCCGCGCCGCCGCCAGGCACAGUUUCAGAGGCUCCCAUCUCCUCGCGCAUUCCAGUUCUCUGCACUCCCCAGCAGCUGCUUUUGCCCAAGCAGUGGAUCCUGGUUUAAGCUGGACCUGUGUAAGAGACUCUGUGAACCAUGGGUGCCGUGCUCCCGUGGGUACCAUCCUGCCCCAUCCACUGGCUGCAUCCCUACGGGCAUUCCACACCUCCAGCUGCUCACACCAGGAAGAACCCACAUCCUGCAGCGAUGUGACCCAUAAGGCUCAUCCUGACACAGCUCCAGACGCAGAGAGGCCCAAGGGGACAAGAUCUUUACGCCAACGAGUUGUGGGGGAACUGAGGCAUUAUUACAAUGGAUUCCACUUGCUUUGGAUCGACACGAAGGUGGCUGCCAGGAUGGUGUGGAGGCUGCUACAUGGCCAGGUCCUCACUAGGAGGGAGAGAAGAAGGCUGCUGAGAACUUGUGCAGAUCUCUUCCGCCUGGUUCCCUUCCUGGUGUUUGUCAUUGUCCCCUUCAUGGAGUUCCUGUUGCCUGUGUUCUUGAAGCUCUUUCCUGAAAUGCUGCCCUCGACGUUUGAGACGGAGUCAAAGAAGGAAGAGAAGCAGAAGAAGAGGUUAAACGCGAAGCUGGAGUUAGCCAAGUUCCUGCAGGAAACCAUUGCAGAGAUGGCCAAAAGGAACAAAGUGGAAUCAGCACAAGGAAAACAAUUCUCCUCUUAUGUGCACCAGAUCCGUCGCAGCGGCCACCAGCCCAGCACCCAGGACAUCGUGCGCUUCUCCAAGCUCUUUGAGGACGAGCUCACCCUGGAGCACUUGGAACGGCCUCAGCUGGUGGCUCUGUGCAAGCUGCUUGAGCUGCAGCCCAUUGGCACCAACAACCUGCUCCGCUUUCAGCUCCUGCUCAGGCUCAGAACCAUCAAGGCAGACGAUGAGCUGAUUGCCAAGGAAGGAGUCAAUGGCCUGAGUGUGUCCGAGCUGCAGAGCGCGUGCAGAGCCAGAGGGAUGCGGUCACUGGGUCUCUCAGAGGAGCAACUGAAGGAACAGCUCAGACAGUGGCUGGAUCUGCAUUUGAAAGAGGACGUUCCACCUUCUCUGCUCCUGCUUUCCCGUGCCUUGUACUUGAUAGAUGCAAAGCCACAACCUGCUCCAGUUCCCCAAAAGCAGAGAGGUGAAGCUGCUCCAGUCUCGACAUCCACUCUCGAAGGCCAAGAGACCCUGAUGGAUCCUGCCCCUGUUGUACAGGGAGGAAAGGUUGGAAAAGAGCAAUCUCCGAGUAGGACAAUGAGGGUGAUGAAGAGGUUGUAUCCCAGCCAACAGAGCAAUUGCCAGGCUCAGAAGUGCCAGCAAAGCCUCCCCCACAAGAGACUCAAAUGGAAGCAUCUCGGAGCAGCAAAGCCGGUGCCAAUGGGGCAUAGCCUGGAGCCAGCGAGGGCUGUGUGACACCGGGAGAGAAGCACUGUCCCCUCUGCCCCUCCUCAGAAGGAAAGAGGGAUUUUCCCAGAGGAUGCAUCACCCAAAAGAGGAGGCAGCAGCCCUUGGGGGCCUCUCUGUGUGCUCCAAGCUUGCUGGCACUUACCUGGAUGGCAUCAGCUCCUCUGUUGUGCUGGAUCCCCCCCUCCUAGUUUAACUUAUGGUAUGUUAACAGUGAUGCCACUGUCAGCACUGUUGCUGAAGGGGGGUGUUUGUGCUCUUAAACCUCAGGAAAGGCAACUCUUCAUUGCACUGAAGCCCAGAAUGAGCUGUGCUGGAGCUCUGGUAAAGCCUGGUGUACAGUGUGAGACCCCCAUCCCCAGGGCCUGCAGCAUCAUCUGGCUGCUGCAGCUUUCCAAGCUCUUGAUCCUAGCAUGGGUUAACCAAUAAGCAGUGCACAGAGGGGCCUGUGUCGCUGUUGUGUUUCACUGUUCCAUGUGUACCAAGGUGAAUGAGAGCAGCAGAGGGAUGCCAGCACACUCUUCAGUGCUGUGGCUGAACUUAACUGGUCAGGAGGACCUAAGGACUUGCUGGACAAGAGCAGGGCUGUGAAGAGGAUGGCUUCACUGCUGGACCAAGCCUGAUGCAACCUGCAUCAAGUCAAUUAAACCUUAUCAGGCUCAGAGCUGCACAUCAGUGUGCUCAGACCCCUUGUGCUGCACAAAGUGAUGCUUCGGGCACUCCGAUGCUGACUGACUCUGGAAGCCUCUAUGGGAAGAUGCUCAAAAGCUGGUUUUAGCAUUUAUGUGUUUUUAACUUGUCCUAUGUCUUCAGCAAUGACUCAGAUGAUGGGUUUUAAACGUGUAUUUAUACUUAUUGUCAAUGUAAAACUAGACUUGGUGCUAAGUAGAA